GCACACUCAGAAUAAUUUGCUUUUACCUUAUGCGGUCCAAUAGAGUUUAUGCCUUUUACAUGGCUGAUAUGUUCAUUCAUAUAUGCUAAGUUUACAAAAAAAAAAAGUAACGCACUUCUUUAGAAGAAACAUUUGGGACCAACUUAAUAUGUUCCUCUUCUGUCACAAUCUUUUUCCCCACAAGAAUUCAGUACAGUAAACAAAAAAAAAACAAAUCUCUAUAUAAAGCACACUGAAGAGAAGUGUACUUGCAUAAACGAAACAAAGAAGAAAGUAAGAAAGAAAAUGUCUGCCCAAAAAGCUGUCAAGAGUUCUCAUUUCGAGGCAGAAUCCAACAUGGAACAAGAUAUCGUUAGAAAAGCAUGGGUUUUCAAGCCAAGUGGUCUUAACUUCGUAUGGGGUGGUGACUCUCGGUACUGGGUCAUCCCUAAAGAAGACAGGACGCCUGCUGAACUAAAGAUGGUGAGUUGGUUAGAAGUAACCGGUUCGUUUGACAAGGUCGAACCAGGCAAAACGUACCGACUCGGUUUCAAAAUCUCCUUCACAGGUGAUGCAACCGGAUGGGACAAGGCUCCGGUUUUCAUGUCCGCCAAAGUUGGGAAGAAAGGGAAGACAAUCUGGAAGAGGAUCAAAUCUAUUAACACCAACUUCGAGAAGCUUAAAAGCGGGACAUCACCGGUUAACAUACCAGAUGAGACUGACGGAAGAUUCGAGAUCUUCGUCAGUCCCACGGAACCAAUAACACAAGACACCAAGCUUCAGUUUGGUUUGUAUGAAGUGUGGACCGGAAAAUGGAAGUCAGGUCUGUUGAUCUAUGACGCUUCUGUUCAAGAAGUGAACCAGAAAUUAUGAAAAUGUCACAAGAACCUUAUCAAAAUUUAUAAUAUAUAAUAUAUGUUUCCAUCAAUAAGAAUCAGUUUGUGCACAUGCA